AUGCACUUCCAAUCGCGUGUAUCCACAACCACCGUUCACGAACUUCUCUUCGCCGACGACUGCGCCCUGAAAACCACCUCGGAAGAGGAGAUGCAACGGAGCAUGGGCCUGUUUUCCGCCGCCUGCGAGAAAUUCGGUCUGGUCAUCAACACGCAGAAGACGGUGGUGAUGCACCAACCGUCACCCAACUCAGACACAGCCCCCAACUCGCCGCAAAUCAGCGUGAACGGGACCCAACUGCAAGUGGUGGAGAACUUCCCGUACCUGGACAGUACCCUCCCCGCAACACCAAGAUCGAUGACGAAGUCGCCAACAGGAUCUCGAAAGCCAGUCAAGCAUUCGGUCGCCUCCAAAGCACAGUUUGGAAUCGUCAUGGUCUACAACUGA